AGGCCAGCGGGGUGGUACUGCGCGCACACGAGUGUCACGUGAACCGCUGAACGGAUCGCGAUGAAGACGGAGAUGAAGCCAAGCCGGCAGCCACCGGCCAUCUUCCAGCAGAGCCGGCGGCUGCGGCGGCCGCGCUCGGCCGACACAGAGCGCAUUCGAGCACUGCUCAAUCGGCUGCAGAAGAUCGUGCCGGCCGCUCCCAAAGACCGUCAGCUGCCGCAGGUGCAGGUCAUCCAGCACGUCAUCAACUACAUCUGCCAGCUGCAGGACCAGGUGGUGCGGCACCCACGCCUCGGCAAGCUGGCGGCGUCCACCGAGGCAACCAAGGCCGGCGCCAGUGCCCAGCGGACCAGCUCGACUCAGGAGCAGGUGCCGAGCACGAGGACAGAGGAGCCGGAGGACCGCGGGCCGCCGCCGUCCUAGGCCGGUCGACUGCGCUACAGCACGCCAGACAGACACCUCCAGUACAAACGGCGACGGCUCCAGCGCCAGUGCAGCAGCCUCGCGCGACCCUGCCCGGAGGCAACGUGUCGGGGUCAGAGGUCAAGAACUCGCUGAGAUGCCAUCUCGUCUCAGGCGCGUCCCGGAUCACCGCGAACGCCCGGGGACGGCACGCGCACACGCUGAACGUUCCGGGCGACACGCCAAGCCGCCGGCAAUAGCUCAACCGGACACGCCUUGUUCAGCCACUGAACCAGCGGACACCUGCGGCCUCGCACUGCAGACAAUGCGGAGAGAGUGCGGAAGGAAGAAAGAGCGCGGGCGUGAACGUGCGUGAGCUCGGCAGGCUGAGGACUCGGCGCUGUGCCAAGCGCGGGACGACGUUGGCCGUGGGAGGAAUCACCGCCUGGUUCACGUCUUGUACAAAUACUGUAUAUGGUUACGUUUAAUUUGUUGGAAUAUUUUCAGUUGCCUGUGAUCUUAUUUGCCUGUGAUAUGUUCUUAUAGAGAUGAUUAUCGAAUAAAGUGCGUCCGUUUAC